UGCAAGAGAGAGGUAGUGCUGAAGCUCGUAAUGGAGUGAUUUGUGAUGCACUGCGGCGGCGGCUCUCAUUUUCGAAAUUCGACUCUAUUUUAGGAAAGGUCGAAUAUCCGAAGUUCGAAGAUUUUGAAUACGUGGCGGCGAGCUGUGGCGGCGAUGGACGACGAGCUGAUGGACGACGAUGUCCUCUUCGAUGCGAUGGACUCGCGCAUGCAUGCGAUGCCAGAGAUAGACAAGCCGAUGCGUAUCGAGCAGCCCAAGGCUGAGACGUAUGCGCCAGCUUCGAAUGGGCCGGACAUCAAGGACGGCGUGUACAUGGAGCAGAUCCUGAAUUUGACCCACCAAGUCGGCCAGUUGAAAGCAUCCGCGGCCGAGUUUACCGCUGCACGCGUGCAAAGCGCCGCAGAACUGUCCACGCUGCGGCAGCAACUGGACCGACAAGAGUCGGCCUCCAAGCACCUCAAGCAAAUGCUAAAAAACAUCAGCGACAAGUACACCGCGCUGCAAAUCGAGCACAAGAGCACAAAGGAGCUUGCGGACGAGCAUCGAUUGCAUCUAACGUCGGCCCAAGAGCGCGUGAUCGCACUCGAAGCUCACGUGGAAGCACACGACGCCCAGCGCGAGCAGUGGGCCCAGCUCCAGAUCGCGCACGAAGCUUUGCGCCUCGAGCUCUUGCAGGUGACAUCGGAGCGCGAUGCGUGGCAGAGCCAGGUGCAGCAUUUCGAAGGCGUCGAAGCCGCCAACGAACAACUGCGCAGCGACGCCGCCACUAUUGCGCUCGAGCACGAGUUGGCGCGGAAGCGGUCGCACCACAUCAUCAAGGAGCUGCGCAAGUCGCUCGCUGAAGAGCGGGCCCGCCCGCCGCCGUCGCCCGUCGUCAUCUCGACGCCGCUGGCCGUGAAGUGCAUUUACGUGGCCGAACCCAUCGAUAGCGCGGCGGACGUGGUCUCGGAGUUUGCGCUGCGCAUCGAGGGCCUUCUGCAGGCGAACGCGCUCUUGUCCGAGCGGCUUCGGUUCUCCGAGGAAAACACGCGGCUUCUCGCGACCGACUUGGAGAAGAAGCGGCUGCUGCUGAGCCACCUCACGCACAAUGCCAUGACGGACGUGGACGAGAUGUAUGUGCUGGCCAAGGCGAUGCACAGCGAGCGCCUCGAGACGGCCAAUACGCUUCUGCAGGCGUUGCUACGCGAGAACGCAGCUCUCAAGGCACGGGCGCCUCUGGCGCCACUGGCGCUGUCCGAAGCGCCUGCUCCACCAACGCACUACCGUGCCAUGUAGAUGGCAUAUUGCCUCAAAUGUACAAGACGUGUGUGAAUUCAUUCAAUGCGCUUAAAGGUCC